CCUGUCGGAGGGCCGGCCGCAGGGACCAGCUGACCGGGGAGUGUGACACGGGCGUCCCGCCGCACCCGACGUCAUCCAGCGAUAGUCGUAUCUCGCCUCGGUGCGACACGGCUAACAAUGGUGGCCGUGUGAAUAUCGACGCGUUCAAACCCACCCAAGACAUUAAUUACCUUGCAUCUACAGACCUGUCAAAGCAGCCCAAGAGGCUGCCUGCUGCACCGUGACUCACCCACACCGCCUCUCGGUCGCGAACAAGCGACGCGCUGCUUCACAAUAUCCCAAUCCGGGUCGCGCUUGGAGCACCAGACUAGGCAGCACACCCAAGACGGUGUUUGUUUUGCCACUCCCGCUUCUCCUUGGCAGUCCACCUUCGACUUGAAGCUGAUCCACCAUUGUCCGUCUGAUAUAUACAGCCUCAGGCGCAGGCGCAGGCCCAAGUACGCAGGCCCAAGAGUCAAGCUCAGCGCCUGCGCAUUUAAGUCUGCUCUUCCCACAACCCGCUACCUUCACAGCUCGCUUCUCCGACAUGAGCAACUCGAGGUCGAGGAGGCAGGAGAUUCCCGUGGAGAGUUCCUGGCGCAUGGUAGAGGGUGAAAACGACAGCUUCGACGCCUCCAUUGUCGCCGAUGAGUUUCUCGACGACGACGCUCCAUUGUCCACGGGGCCAUCUCAGCUUUCAAACCUGUCGCAGCUAUCGCAGCUCUCAUCGCAGUCACGGGGGAACUGGCACAUUGGCGGUUCUCAGGACGACAGCACCAUCCAGGACUUCAUCAGCAGGGCCGACGACGAGCGCGUCAUUAUGAGGUCUCCCUUCCAGCCGUCCGUCCCCGCCGCGGCGAGGAGGUCCCCAAGGAACCAGAACCACCCCCACUCACCCAAUCCCGAGUUCUUCAUGCCACGUGUCGACGUCGACAGCCCCCGCCGCCUAUCGUCCGCUGGCUCGUCUCGGACCAUGGUACCGGCAGACGGUCAGUCUUUGCGCCAGCGUGCCCCAGGAAGGACUGCUCGCGGAAGCCCUACGAAAAGACGACAGCAACAGACGGCGCCACAGGAUCCGCCCCUGAGUGUGAGCCACCGCAUGUCCUCGGAUCUUCCACAUGGCCUUUACAACAUUUUGGUCUGGGCUCUCGGUGUGGUUGGCAUGGCGUUCCGGAUGGCGCAGAAGCCGCUUGCCCUCGCCCUCGCCGCCUAUUUCACUUUUGGGGGGCUCAUCAUUGUGCAGAACAUGGUCACCCAGUCGAUCUACACCUCGCUGUCCCCAAUUUGCCGCAUACCUGGGGCUUCUUACCUGGAGCUGCCGUUUUGUCCGGUCGGUCCCAAUAUCCCAAACCCAGGGGACAAGCCACCCGUGGAGUUUGAUGGUUUGAUGGACGUCCAGGAACGGUUCGAGGAGGUCCUGGAGAAGAGCGCAAACGGCGUCUCUCUGCCCAUGGAAAUGAAGCGUUCCGAGGCUUCUAUUCGAGAUUUGCGCACCUUGGUCCGGUACAGCCAGCUCCAGGGAAAAGAAGAGCUGGUGCUCGAGUUCGACGGCUUCAUCGAGACUGCCAGGUCGGCCUCGAAUGAGCUGCAAAGGUUCAACUCUCACGUGGGCUCCGCAGUGGACGCCGUGAUUAGUAUCAACCGGUGGACGAGUCGCUAUCUCGACGGUCUGGUGGCCGACCAGGAAGGCCAAGGUCUGCUGAGCGACUUUGCAUCCUGGAUUUUCUCGCCUUUCCAGCCCGCGACUUUCUCCGAGCGAAACCUGCUCGACAAGUACGUCGAGCACACGGCCUUGGUGGGAGACAAGAUCGCCGAUCUGAUCAUCGAGGCCCAGGCGGUUCUGAAGACCCUGAACCAGGCGGAGAAUCACCUGGGCAUCAUAUACGAAUUCGUGACGCGCACGCAAGAGACGGUCCAGUCCCGCAAAGACGACGUCCUCUGGACCAUCUGGACGCUGGUCGGCGCCAACUACCGGCGGAUCUCGAAGCUCAACUCCCAGCUGUCCCUGUUGCGCCGCGUGGACUCGCAGAGGAGCGACGCUGUCAGGCAGGUAUCGGAGCUCAUCGUGGAGCUGGAGAAGAUCCAGGCCGGGCUGGAUGAUCUGCGCGAUAGGGUCGCGGAGCCCGAGGUCGCGGCGGCCUCGCCCAAGGGGCCGAUGCCGCUCAGUGUGCACAUCGAGACGAUUGACCGCGGCGUCGAGCGGCUGGAGCAUGCGAGGAGCCGGAUCAGGGCCAUCGAAAACGAUCGGAUCCACGAAGUCCUGGCCAGGGGCAAAAUUGAGGAGCGUCUGAUAGAAUCCACGUGAGAAUUAGGCGCAUAGGGAAAAACUCCUUACGAAAGAAAUGGGGGGAUGCAACACGGGUAGCAUGAAUCAUAGAGCCACGAUAGUCGGAAACAGGGCGUUUGAGCGGACGGAGUCAUUCUGGUUUACUGAACGGUUUGGAUUCACAGAAAACAUUUGAACACAGCCUGCAUAGUUACUGUAGCUUGCUUUCUUCAAUUCUGCAGAUAGCGGUAGCAAAUACAGAUACCCCGAUUGCUUGUG